AUGUCAGAAUCUGUUGUUUCCCUUUCUAAAAGACAACCAGAUCUUUUAAAAUCUCAAGAAGAUGGUCCAUCAACAUUCACUACAGCAAUUCAUGAUAACUUACAUAAAGGCAAUAGUUAUAUGACUGAAGCCACAAGAGAUUCUCAUAUGGGAAAUGCACCUAUGUCUGGAAAUAUUCCACCUCAUGAGUUAUUAGCAAAACAUUCUCACAUGAUAACUACUGUUGAAGAUAUGUUUAAUCAAAGACAAAACCUUCUUGGAAGUGCUUUUGGAGAACAAUUUUUAAGGGAAAUUGACUGUGCCAGUAAAGUAAAUAGAGGACCAGAAGGAUUUUCAAAUUCUUCAAGACUUCAUUUAGAUGUACUUCUUGGAACUGAUGAAUCAAUAAACUUUUGUGACUACUUGAAUUAUGAAUAUCAUCUUCGUGGAUAA